AUGUGUGUUUUAGGUGGUGAUAUACUAAAUUGUAAUAUUGACAUUCGUCUUUUAGUAAAUUCUGCCGGUAAAUCAACUUUUAUACCUAACAAUAUUGAUUUAUACAUCUUAAUAUCACUAACUGACCCACCUAUAUUUUUAAGAAUUCUAAUCCUAUCUUUCUUACACCUAGUAACAGCAUCAUUAGCCACUUUAGCCAUUUCUGAACAAAAAGCUGUUAUUUUAGAACUUAAUGCUGUUGCUGCUAUUGGUAUAAACUCACCAUCAUCAACCUUAAGUUUAGUUUUAUUAAGAUACUCCAAACACAAUUCUUUAGCAAUUCUUAAUCCUUUAGUUAUUUUACUUGGAUGUACAUCCUUAUGUUUAAAAAACAUCAUCUCAUUAACUAUUGCACAUAACAAUAAGACUACACUGGUGGUUCCAUCCCCACAGUUAACAUCCUGUGAAUCACUUACUGAGGAUAUUAUUUUAUGA